GUCAUUUCUCUGUUGAUUCUCAACUGGUAGUGCAGACUUUUGUGGUUACAUUUAUUCAGAGUAAGAAUGAAAGUGGUUGUGUUUUGUUGUGUUUUAUUCGGAUGUUGUCUCUUGACCAACUCAUAUCCGGUUGAAGAAGUGGACAUCGAAAACGAUCACGAAUAUCUCAUGGGAGAACAAGAUUUUCAAGAUUUUCCCGUUGAAACACCCCAAGACCAUGCAAAUCUUCGCUUGAAAAGAUCUCCAUUUGGAUUUGGAGGAGGACAUCAUCACCAUCACCACCACCAUCAUCAUCAUGGUCAUCACCACCACGGACAUGGAUGGGGCCAUCAUCAUCAUCACCACCAUGGUGGUCACUGGCAUGGACAUGGACAUGGACAUCAUCAUCAUCAUCACCAUGGAUAUAAGCAUUGGGGAUAAAAAUUCUACACAGAAAUUUAAGCAAAAACAAAUUGGAUCAAUAUCAUUAAAUAUUUUUAAAUAGUUUUGUUUUUGUAUGAUUUUUCGUGGUGAUAAAUAAAACAAGAGAAUUAGAAAAAAAAAA